UGCAGCAGCUGCACCGACUCUCGCCCCGGACCAGAACAUCCUCAGCCUGCGGACGCACUCAGUGUUUCUCACCGUGGAUCCGACCGUCCAGGUCCACAAUCACAAUCCGCCAUGAGAGACUACUCCUCCGCGCCGGGACAUGGGGGCGCCUGCAUGCCGUGCUGCCAAGUUUGCGUGUUCGCCUUUACCGCAUUUCUCAUCGUUGCAGAGAGGACGGCGCUGAUCUAUUGCUUUGUGUACUAUCUGUGGGUGGGUCACAACUACUGCUAUGCCUAUCUUUCCGGCUUCACUGCACUGUUCCUGCUGCCAGGUUGGGGUCCUCAGUGGCUCAGUUAUCUGUGGUACCUGUGUGAUGGACGCAUCCGCAGGAAGUCUCUCACCUGGACACACAUACUGCACCUGGGUAUCUUCAGAAGGCUGUGGGAGUGCAUGUGUCUGCAGGACUAUGAUUUGUAUGGAGAGAUCAUGCAGCAGGCUGACGUGUCCGCCUUGCGUCUGUUCGAGGCGUUGGUGGUGACUCUCCCUCAGACGCUGCUGCAGACCUAUGUCCUCAUCUGCACUGAUAUAGGAAUCAAAUCUCCGGCCUCGGUGUGUUUUGUGGUGUGUUUGUUAUCUCUUGCCUGGGCCUUGGUCCUUUACGCCCGAGCCUGUUUACUCAUCAGACCUGGACACCUACAGAUGACCCCCGCUGCCAUGCUCUGUCGACUCGUGUGGAGGAUCAGUAUGUUAGGAUCUCGAUUUGCGAUCCUCAUGCUCUUCACACGUAUCUUCAAACAAUGGAUCCUGGGAGUCAUUGGUGUGCAUUGGUUGGGUGCAACUUUUUGGAUGGUGUCUCAGCAGACUGACAUCAUCCGUUCAAGUAAUCGAUGGAGACUCUUCAACCUCGUUCUGGGAGCUGUUCAUAUCUUCCUUUUCCUCAAUGUGAAGUACGGCCAAUCCAGAUACCGCAUGGCUGGCUUCUACCUGGCCAUGUUCAUAGAGAACGCUUUUCUUCUUCUGGCCUUCUCAUGGCUGUUUACCAUGGUGUCCUGGGACACUGUGGGGAUCCCAGCUGCAGUGUUCUGUAGCUUCCUCAUUGGAGUCAUAGCGUUGGUGAUGUAUUAUCGUUUCCUCCAUCCCAAGUCCUUUGAGAUUUUCCAGAGUAUUCGCCACAGGGGAAUAGGCGGAGCCUGUGCUGAGCGUGGAUCUACGCUAUCAUUGGAGGAGAAAGUCACGCCUACUUUCCAUCGCCAUGCAACAACACUGACCGGAGGCGGGACCCUUAUGGAUCUCCCUAUCCAAUGGGAAGGCUGGAAACAUCACCACUGGCUGCUGAUUCGCUUAGCCAUGAAGACGGGGGAUGUGUCUAAGAUCUGGUCGUCGUAUGGCGAGGGGGGAUUGGCCGGACUGAUGGGUCUGCCUGAAGAAAUCCACUCCCCUGAUGUACAUCAUCGGGGUCCACUUAUUCCGCCGCAGGUUCCUCAGAUCUCACAACCAGCCCCUCAACCGGCUCCACCUGAGGUCAGCCCGGCUCCACAGGUGCUAGCGGACGUCCCACCUCCAAAGCCGGCUCUCUCUACUGUCAUAGCCAGACCAGUUAGAAAAGCUCCACCCACAACUAUCCAGGAUUUGAGACAUUUCCCAGAGAUCGCCCCUUUCCAGGAGGUCAUCAUGGAGGAGUCUGCAGAAGAAGAGUCCAGAGCUACACCAUCAGAAAGAGGUGAUGAGGACUUUCUGAGUGCUGCUUACGCCUCGCCCUCACUUUCCUCCCCGCUGCAACCAGACAGCUUCUGUCACAUCGACAGCAACAUGUCCCUGACCGAAGCCUCGUCCUCCGUAGCCUCGCUGGACAUCAAGACUCCCGUCUGGUCACCUGAGCGACGCUCCUCUCUCAUGAUCAGUUCCCCGGAUAAAAAACCAUCGAUCCCCGGAGAGUCCAGCCACACGCUGUACUUCAGCGCGGAUGCUCAGUCCCCCUCCAGUGGGAGCUAUCUUGGCUGGGGCUCUGAAUUAUCGCCCAUCUCCACUUACAGGAGUCCUUACCGGAUCAGGGAGGCUCGUUUCAUCCCUUCCACCCCACGUCUGGAGGCUCGAGCCAGGGCUGAAAGUCCAGGUCCGUCCUCUGUGGUUAUCACCCCUGCCACUCCUGGUACAACACCGGGCCCGACCCCAGGAGGGACCCCUGGAACAUCGACCUCUACCGCUUCAACUCCCGGUACUGCAACACCCGCUGCUUCAACCCCUGGUACUACCACACCUGUAGCUUCCACUCCUGGUGCUUUGACUCCUGUUGCGACCACACCCGGUGCUCAAGUCGUUCCCCUCACUCCGGUCCUCGCCCACGCUCGCAAACAGAUGGUGCAGGUGGUGGACAGCAGAGAGAGGUUGGUGUAAGGAGGAUGGGGGGUGAAGGGGAGGAUGUGGGCAGUGAUGUCUUUUUUUUUGUUAAGCAGUUAUGAUAUACAUAAAUUCAUGCAUUAACUAUCUUGGCUAUCUAUCUAGGGGGAGUUCAAGGAAUACUUCAACCCCCAAAAUUAACAUUUGUACAACAAUUACUCAGCGUAUGGUACCCCCAAUUCUUGAAGAGUCAAAACACUUAAUUUAAGUUAACGGGGGUUGCGUUUAACAACAGCAAAACUGUAUCAAAACAUCCAAUACAAUUAAAGUCUCGUUUAUCAAGUCAGAAAUGUAUUACUUCCCUAACACAUGCAAUUUUGCUAAACCUUAAUUUUAGUCCAGGAACGCUUCUUGGCCAUGCCAGUCCGAAGAGUUUAUAGGGAAGUUUUAAAUGAAAAGGCAUGAAAAGGUAUGAAAGUGCAGAAGCAUUUCUUCAAGAAUUCAAGCUAACACAGGGGGACUUACAGGAUACAAGGGUUACAUAUACAGAAAAUGAGCAUGCAUUGGUAUCACACUUGCCAACCACAGGAAAUUAUCUAAAUUCUCAAUAAUAGUACCUCUGGCUUUGCUGUACGUAUAACGGUCUUUAAAAAGGGAAGCGAUGCAUUUAGGUCCGUGUUGCUGCACAUUACUGCUAGAUGGUUGGUGUGCCUGCAGGAAGGAGGGUGAUGUAGGAAACUCUUUGCAAGCUACUGUGAAAAGGCUAAAAGGGAAGCAUCUGGUGAAUUUAAAUGUAUGAGGCGAGGCACGUGGUCGUCUGGUUCCUGCCGAGGCAAUCACAAGCCAUUCUAAAUAUUCAGUCCUAUAAAACCAUUAAUACAAAAAGAUGGUACGCACUACAGAUCAUUAUUAACAGAAGAUUGAAUCUCGUUACUCAUCAAGAGAACACACAGAUUCAAAGGUGCUAAUGAAUGUGGGGCAUGCUUUCAUUUAGAUUAUAUAAACCCUUCCACUUUUUGGGGAAACUAACCAUAACAAACCUAAUGCAGGCAGAGUAGACAGCUGAGAUUUGCUUUUUUGUUUUACUUAUCAUAAACAUUACGAGCAUAUUAAAUUAUGAGCGGUGAGGAAAUCAAAUAACAUGAUAAAGUCAGAGACUUUUUGAAUUAACCAGGUACUUUAAAAUAGUUUACAAACACCAACAUGCUGAAUCUCUUCUAACUCUUCUCACAAAUGAAUCUUUCUUUUUUUAUUCUGAUAUAAUCAAACUAAUAAUCUGCAAUGAAAUAUCAAAAUACUGCAAACCUAAAGCUUUUACGAUGAUGUUGAACAUCCCGUCCAGUAUUCAGGAAGCCACUCAUUCAUGCCACGAGUUAGGUCCUGUGUCCACUACAGUACAGUACAUAACACACAGUACUGACACACACUCUUAUUGAAAUCUGUUAAACAGUUAAACAUCUAUUCACUGAUGUAAACAUAUUUUAUCCAAUAAAUGCUCUAUUUUUUUCUUCGCUAAUUUUAAUUGCAAACAUUUCAGCUGGCACUUUACAGCAGAAGGGUGCAGCUACAGUAUCAUGAUGUGUGUAGACUACACUUUAUAACAUUAGAAUAUGUAAAAGAGAAAUUGUAGUAGAAUAUAAAAAUAUUGAAGGGAUAUCAGAUCCCAUUUUAUUACAUGCCUUUCUUUGUAUCCGUAUCAUUUCUUUUUUAAGUUAAUGAUGGCUUGUUUUGAUCUAUUUUACAAACAAAUAUUUUGUUUGGUAUUACAUUUUACUGAGUGAUUCUCUCAUAGCAUUCAGAAUUAUUUUGAAAAGUGCAACUUUUAAAAUGUUGCUGAACAAGAAAUAACUUACUCAAAUGUACACAAUACAGAGGAGAAACCUAUUUUAACAAAGUUUAAAUAUAAUAUGUAUAUAUAUAACUCUAAAUGUAUCUCAUAUUCUCUUCUAAAGCCCACUUUACUCACUAAUAGGUUUGUCCUAUCUUUUAGUUGAACCUCCUAUCUUAGUAAAACUGAAUUGUGACAAACAGAUUCAUUUGUUUAUGUUGCAAUGAGAAAAUGCAAUUUCUUACUGAAAACUUUGGUUGAACAUUUAGAUAAAGAAAGAAACAGGGAACAUUGUAAGGGGCAGAGGUAUUUAAUAGAAAUAUUGCAGAAAGGGAACAUCCUGGGUAAUGUGCUGCUAUGAAUGUCAAGCUUGGUCGAUGCCAGUAUUAUGUAACGUUAUGAGUAUUAUUCAUUUUAAUAUAUGAAAGCCGAUUGUAGUCAUACAAAGAACAAUAUCAGUCUUCCAUGUAUAUUUGUCUUCCGUUUUUAUUUACCUAUGCUAUAUUAUUUUACUUUCUUUGUUUAUUUCUUAGCACAUAAUAACUAUAACGUAAGUUCUAUAUCUGACAAUGAGCAGUUUGGUAAUGAAACAUUUUGGGAAUAUAAUUUGUGGUUUAUGGAACAAUGUACAGAGAAGAACAUCCUGAAACUGUGUAAAACUGUUAUCCAUAGACCUGCUGAUUGACAAAAGAGUCACUGCAUGUUACUCCUUCAUCCAAAGAAUUGUAUCUGUUUCUUUAGAGAAAGAAAGCACUCGCUGUAACUUCAUACACACACACUUCAUAAUAGUUAACACACAUGCUAGAAUGUAUGCGUUCACAAGAGCUAUAAGCAAGCUAAUGAAAUGUAUCUUAGUGCACUAAAAAAAAGAAUCUACGCACACGCUUCAGAGUGCAGCGAUGCCUUGGCUUGAUCGUCCUGACUCAGCGCUUUGCCUUGUAGACACUCAGUCGCUUGUUAAUAAAGUGUGUAUUGCUUUAUAUAAUACCAAUAUGCUUUGCUCUGUGUACCUGGUGUGUAUGAUAAUCUUUGCUUGUCUUUCUACUUUGUUUUAUUUUGUAUUCUUUUUAAAUUCCCUUCUUUUAUAUUGAUCACAUGUACUGUUAUGAAAUGUGUGGAGAGCCAAGGUGCGGUGUGUCAAGGUUACACAUUGAUUUAGAGACAGCAUUGUUUUCAAUAACAGAUUGAAUAGUUUGCUGAUUGAUUGUAACGUCACUUAGACACUGGAAGGCCUCCAUUUAUCAACAUGCAUCACCUCACCUCUACAAGGAUCUCCACAGUACUGUGGCUGCUGGUAGUGAGUCAUUAACUGUGCUAAUGAUGUGGCAAAAUAAAGUCAUCAGU